CACCCACCACCACUCUAAUCGAUCGACACACACUUCGGUCAUCUCUCCUCACCGAGGCCUCGUGCAAGGCUAGCAAGCUCGACAAGCUCUUGUUCCUAUUCCACAAACCGGGAGGACGACGGCCACGCACGGAUGACGGUUGGAUUGGGUCAUUUCCCCGGGACGAGCUCCUAGCUAUUCCUUCUGUGACUACAUAUAUAGCAACAGAGGUAUUCUUGAAUCGAUGGCCGACAGGGGAGCCGCCGACUCGGCUUCGAGCCAGACAUCCCGUCAUACCGAGACAUCGGAACGGCUACCCCGUAUCGUAACAGGUUCACCACCCCGUGAUCAUCGUUAUCAACAUCAUCACCGCCGAGAGGAUCUCGACGACGAUCACUUCAACCAGUACCGAGGAGGUGUUCAUCAAGGUCCUAGUGCAAAUCGUCGGCCAGAUCCUCAAACAACACCGGAGCGUGGACAUCUCUUCAGCCUGCCCCCGAUCGAAGCGUUUCAGCAUCGAUCACACUCGCCAACUGUAUUACCAGGCCGAUCGUCGGAUCAUCGCUCAGAAACGAGGAUGAACCAAUUCGUUAACAGCGGAACAGGGGGAAUAUGGCAGAAUUCGUGGCAGAGUAAGGACGGGGAUGGCGUUGCCGGGUUCCCACAUUCAUCAGGAUCUACAUCGGGUUCGCAUCAAAUUCCGAUGUCAACAGAAACUCGAAACCAUCAAUACUCUUGGUCUUCCGGCCAGCCCAUGCCUCCCCUCCCUUUCGACGAUCGAACUUCCGUCUCUGCACCAAUAGGACCUCCCCAGUAUCCCUACCACUCGAGCGGACCUCGAAGCGAUCCCCUCGAUCCGAACGCAACAGGUCAUCCACCGGGAUACCAAGGCCCCUAUCUACCUCCGGCUCAACGGUUCGAGCAAUCCGUACCUCCGCCACGAGCCUCGCAAUCGGUCCAGUCUCCGCAUCAUGCAGCAAACAUACGUUUGCCCUUAGCCACCUCUUCGUCAACGCCAUCAACAUUAAUGCCGAACCGGUAUCCUCCUGCACCGCUAAACACGGCCGUCCACUCGACCGGAGUCCCAAACGCCUCCCCGCUUCUCACCAUGCGGGCCUUGGGCGAGGCAGUCCCAUCGUUGCCCGCAACUUCGAGCAAGGGCUUGUCCCGCAAUACAGGUGCUGGCUCGGGGACGUCAGAUCGCGAUAGGGAAAGGGACAGAGAUAGACCGAGAAAGAGGGCCAAAACGAGGUCAGGGAUCGGGACGGGGAAUGGAAAUGGGAACGGAGGACCUGUCAAGGCCGGGACAAGUAAAGAGGCCAGCGUGGUGGAUGCCAAGGAGAUGAUCUCGGCGUAUUGCGACGAAUUGUGUCAUCUGGCGGAAGGCACAGUACAAGGCGACUCGAUGACGGACUCGCUGCGGCUGUCUGAACUUUCACGCCAGAUCGUCUUGAAACUUUCCGCCGUCGCUUCAGAUUGCGGUCUGGACGAUCUGGUAAUCACCGAGCAGGACUUGGAAUCUGGGCUCGAACCUCUAUCGCUCGUGAGACCUGCCGGCUCGGUGAGGACAAGGUCUGGCGAAAAUGUUUCGACGGAAAAGGAGGGGGAGAACGGGACGCAAGCUCUAAACGCUUCCCGCUUGGUGGCGAAACCUACGUCGGUGAUGAACGCUCAAACACCUGCCGAGGCGGCCAGGGAUAUGGAAUUUAUACGCACUAGAAGGGACGAACUGAAUGCGAAAGCAGCUGCGGCGGAAAAGGAGAAGGAAAAGGAAGGCAAAGACCGUGAAGAAUUGGAUAACAAUGGAGUCGGUGGGCUAGAUCUAGAGCCGAUCGAUCCGGAUCAUGAUCUCAUCAAGAGAGACCUGGCUUCGCCCGCAAAAUUGAGCUCGGCCGUACCGCCUUUCACCGAGACGUUUGUUGCUUUACCUGCGCGGGAAACAACACAAUCGACGGCGUCUCCUUUACAGCUACAAGCGUCUAUCGCACCGAUACAGCGUCAUCCGUACCGCUUGUCGACGUACGAGCCCUUCAUGCCGUUCCCGUACAUGAUGACCGCAGCGGUGUCAGACGCACCGGGCAUGUUGUCGCCACGACAGUCCGUCGAUACUGGAUUGACGAGCCUGGUUCCCACGCCACACGAUUACCAGACCAACCUUCCACUCAGGACCUGUCAUUCGUGCGGCGUCGUGCAGGCAACAGAGUGGAAGCUGGGUCCGGAUGGCCCGGAUACGUUGUGUGCGGUGUGUGGGACACACUGGCUGCAACAAGCACAAACUUGGCUGUCGCUUCCUCCGUAUAAAUCGAUGUCAAAGGUAGGAGGCGGAAUGUGAAACUAUAGGACAAAGUGAAUCAGGAAUUCGAAACAGUUGUAGCCAAAUGAGAUCUGUAGCGCUAAAUGGAUACGUUGGACCGAGCUGUCGUCAUGGCUGGCAAUUGCUCCCGUUGGUGACAUCAACACGCUAUUCUCCGGUCAUCUAUAUCAUCGCCGAGACGUCGCUUGAUAUACGUGGCG